AGGCCCGAUAAAAUAAAGAAGCGUUUAGGGUUUUUUUCUCUGAACUUUGGUAGUCACAGUCGCACAUACAAGUAGAGAGGGAGAGAGCGCGCAGCCGAAAUCUCAAACCUUCACUCAUUCACCAUGGCCGUCGGGAAGAACAAGAGGAUUUCCAAAGGAAAGAAGGGAGGCAAGAAGAAGGCGUCCGAUCCAUUUGCCAAGAAGGAUUGGUAUGACGUCAAGGCACCUUCAAUCUUCAACACCAGGAGUGUUUGCAAAACCCUAGUUACCCGUACUCAGGGUACCAAGAUUGCAUCUGAGGGACUUAAGCAUAGAGUUUUUGAGAUCUCAUUGGCUGAUCUUCAAAACGACGAGGAUCAAUUCUUCAGGAAGAUCCGUCUGAGAGCAGAGGAUGUUCAGGGCCGUAAUGUGCUCACUAACUUCUGGGGUAUGGACUUCACAACCGAUAAGUUGAGGUCCUUGGUUAGAAAGUGGCAGACUUUGAUCGAAGCUCAUGUUGACGUCAAGACCACUGACAACUUUACCCUACGUAUGUUUUGCAUUGCAUUCACCAAGAGGCGUCCCAACCAGGUGAAGAGGACCACCUAUGCUCAGUCGAGCCAGAUCCGCCAGAUCCGCCGUAAGAUGCGUGAGAUCAUGGUCAACCAGGCUAGCUCUUGUGAUCUUAAGGAACUUGUUGCAAAGUUCAUCCCGGAAUCUAUUGGAAAGGAGAUUGAGAAGGCCACCAUGGGCAUCUACCCACUUCAAAAUGUGUACAUCAGGAAGGUCAAGAUCCUCAAGGCACCGAAGUUUGAUCUUGGAAAAUUGAUGGAGGUUCACGGUGACUACUCUGAGGAUGUAGGUGUAAAAUUAGACAGGCCAGCUGAGGAAGCCGUUGUUGAGGGUGAGGCCACAGAAGUUGUUGGUGCCUAAGCAAAAUCUGCUUCAUGUUGUCAGUGUUCUAGUUAAAUAUACUCUGUUUAGCAAACUUUUUUUGAUGUUGAGAUUGAAUUAAUAGCAGUUUUGCAGUGAUUACUUUCUGUUAAAAGGAGUUGUAAGUUGAUAUUUUGCUGGAGAAACUUAAUUGUGUCUGAUUGCUUUCUUUUCCUA